CGCUAUCGUUGCGUUGCUUGACAGUUUCGUCAGCAGUCCAGUCGAGAUGCUGGCUCCGACGUUUGGUGUGUUCUUAGUCCUCGCUGGGGCUGAGGCUGAGGCUCAACGGCUGGCCUUUGGUAAAUGUCCUAACCACCCGGCAAUGAAGGACUUCGACAUACAAAAGUUCGAGGGCACGUGGUACGAGGUGGAGCGCUCCUUCUACCUGCUGGAGAUAGCGUCCAGCUGCACGAAGCUGGACAUCGCUCCUGUGGAGAGGCGACCAGCCACUCUCAACAUCAUCAUCAAGACAGUCAACAGAUGGACCGGAGGACCCAGCGUGAGCCUGGGCACAGCCACCCUCAAGAGCAACAAGACGGCGGUCCUGGACUUCCGCAUGUCCUCUCGACUGCCGACGGCAGUGGCCCGCAUGCUGCCCGGGGCUGGCGUCUACCACCUCCUGCACACUGACUACGACAGCUUCGCGGUUCUCUGGUCCUGCUCCGACCUGGGGUUCAUGCACGCAGAUCUGAUCUGGGUGCUCGGCAGACAGCAGGACCUGCCGGUGUGGGCACGGGCCGAGGUGUACAACAGGCUGGCAGAACUGAACAUUGACAGCGACAGGCUGACGCUGUCCCGCAACAAGGACUGCCCCAACUUCUAGCGUCCUCGACACCACUGCUGCUACAUGCCCGGUACCUGGGCCGCCCCGCGGCGACGACGCCAGUGCGGACUGGCGGGACGUGCCGUGGACACAAGUUCUUCGUAUUUAAAAAAAAUUCCCAACUGAACUUGGGGAAGAAACAAGCCAUCAAGGGAAGCGUCACUUCACGCAAAACACUUUACUGACCUUCCUGGUCAAAUACUCAGCUGUGCUUUCCAUUUUCAUUUGUUAAAAUGAUGGAUAUUACGCCAACAUUUACAGUCAGAAUGAGAAAUUGCACAUCUCAGUAGUAUGAAUACUUCAGUGAUCUAGAACAUGUACUGUUCUAUAACACAAGGAGAUUUUUUUUUAAUGUAGUUAUCACUUUCCAAAAUCACAGUGAAAUUAAAUUACCAGAGCUUGUUGUAACUGUCACAAAAAUAAUUUUGACAUCCACAUUUCUCAACUUGUGCAAAACCUGAGGUCACACAUGAAGGUGUAUUGAACUGGCAUUUUGUGCAGACAGGGGUACGAACGAAGCCAAGCUGACUGAACGUGGGGCUCGCUAGCUCAGCAAUGUAUCACGGUGGACUGACAUGCUUUAACAAGAGACUCUUAGUGGUAUCAGCCCAGGAUGAAGAGGAAUGAGUGUGCCAGCAGCAGUGCCAAUUAAUACCAGAGUACACACCUCCAGACUUGCCAACUUUUGAAACCCUCAAUUAGUAAAAUACAUAAAAAAUAAUAUAACACGCGUAAACUGCUCGCGGCAAUUUAAAAAUUAAUAAACUUUCAUGAUAUCACAUUUUUUCUAGUAAUCUAAAUUAUGUAAUCGUUUUAACAUACUUACAUUAACAAUGCAGACCAACAAUCAUUCUCAUUAUUUACCAUUACAGAAACAUUUUUGUUUAGUAUCACAUCAAAGAAAUAACUUCGUUCCUAGUGGUACCCUACAAAUCAACAGUGUGUACCUUUGUUACAAUAUACAUUGAUAUCAGUUAACUUCCAGUAGAAUCUCCCUGGAGUACUGGUAAUAAAAGCAACCUUGACACUAUCAUUUUCAAACUUGCAUCACAAAAUGAUACUACUAGUGGAUAUAAUUUGGAUUCAGUCAUUGCUGCCGUCGGUCGCGACUGAAAAUGCCACAGUUUGUAAAUUACAAACAAUUUUAUAGUUGCAUCUGUUGCCAUUUCUUUCACGAUAGCUGUCGACUGUGUUGUUGCACAACCAAAUUUUUCUGCUAAUUCAGAAUUUGAAAACAUUUUUCUGAAUAACGGGACGGCGUGAUCCGAAACAUUUAAAGGAAUAUUAUUUUCAACCAAAAAGUUUGUAAACAUACAUUCUGCACGUAUUACAGCAUUGUCUGUGCUGUUACUUUUAGCGAACUAAUCACUAACCUUUGAACUCACUGCGACACUUUUAACAUUUGCGAGAUGUUUUGAACAGUUCACGUGGAGAUUGAUGUCAUAUCUUCCGCCGUGCCCAAUGUUGAUGUCGCAUCUACACACUGAAAAAAAUGCGAACUGUGUUCCCUUGCUUGAUUUAAGAAUACACGGAAAAUCCCGCGUGUAUGUAUCACGAAAUGCCUGAGAAUAAUGCGUAUCACGUUUCGGGGGCAUUUUAUUCUUCACUUGAUUCCACUUCCGUUAAUUGUGCACAUAACACAUUUUUAUUAAAAACAUGCAAUAAAUUUGUUUCCUAACCUGUAAUAAACAAAAUCAAAAUUGGCUCAACUUUAACUGAAGAGUCACAACAUACGCUUAUGCACGACACCAUCUUGCCAAACUAAAAAUGCUAUUUAAACUGGUUCGUAAUUGGUUGUAAGCGCAUCAAUGUAACUCAGGCGGCCAAUAAGGAAAGAUAUACAAUCAAACAACAAAUUACGUGGUUCGCUGGCCUUCGACCAAUAAUAUAACUCAAUUACCGCACUCGUUUCCACAGCAACAACACAUGGCAACAGCUUUCACAAACCAUACAAUAAAACAUUUAAGGCAGACGGAAAAUACAUGUUUUAAUAAACGUCUUGUACUUAAAAUUCGUAAAAAAUGCAGACAUCCUCGUACAAUCGUAAAACGGACGUGAUUUUCGUACAUUUUACGAAAAAAUCGUAAAGGUUGGCAAGUCUGCACCUCCUUCAGGGCUGGUCAAGUAGGGGGUUUUGUUGAGCUGCAAGAACUGCUCAGGGUCUCGACAGGGGCCUGAACAUGUAACCUUUGUAAUGUUUUAUGAUGUGCUUACAGAUGAAGUCAAGGGUUUACGUAGAAAAUCCUUCCAGGUUAGCACACAUUACUGUUUAUAGUUACCUCUAAAAAAAUUAUUCAUUUGAAAAAGUAUUAUUUUUCAGUAAUCUUUCUUUCAUAUGCAACAUAUAAAACAUUCAACAACGAAAGAUAUUGUGGCACAUCAUCUGAAACAGGAGCUAGCUUAGUAAAUGAGAGAAGAAAGAGUUGGCUCAACUAACUAGUGAAAAAACUUUCAUUGAUGUAUGUUUGGUUGAACUCUAUGUAACUGUUUAAUGUAAUUCUGCAGAUUUCUUGAUUUGGUGGUCAAAGUUACAGCUUUCACUAAAUAAACCAUUUCAAGGGA